AUGGAAAUUCUAAAGCAACUUCAUGCCUCUGUGGCUCAGAGCUUCGAGAAAUCUUUCGAUGAUGCAUACAGCGAUUUGACCGCUGUGCUUACCAUUCGUGACAGAAAAGUCGCCGCGGCAGAAGAGAAACUCAGGGUUACGGAGGAUGCCCGAAGUAAAGCCGUGGCCGAGAUUGAGAGGCUGAAUAUUGAGGUUACCCAUUUACGAGAAGAAAUAAGCCGUAAUGACAUUAGCCUAGAUGGUGCUGAAGUCUCUGUGAGCGAGUCUCAAUUGGAGGAAGCAUAUGCGCCGCAGCGUGUUUUGAGUCUGUGUGAUGACCACAAUCUCUUGUCGUGGGAAUAUAGUGCUAAAGAGACGCGAAUUGUCAAUGGGAAAUAUGCUGCACUAUAUGGAGAUGCACAAACACUCGCAAAGGCGUGUAAGGGUCUCAGACAACAGAUCAAGCGGCAUAAGAGAAAGCUGGAACACUGGAGCAAAUGCCUCAAGCGGGAUGAGUUCACACUGGUGCUGAAUGGUGUCACUGCCAAAUUUCAACGUGUGAAGAACAUCGCAAAUGAAGGCCAUGAUGGCUUUCCAACAGCAGAGUCGAUACUUGCAAAUGGCAUAUCAGAGCCGUCCGGCCCUCCUUUCAAGAACGAAGAUAUCGAUAUAUCGGCGAGGCAGAGUCAGCCGGGAUUGAAGAGGAAACGCGGGAUUUUGCCCGCAUCUGGGACACUAGCUCGUUAUAGUGGCUUGAGGGAAAGGGAAUCGAAACCGCCCAUUACCAUGAAAAGCGAAAGUAUGCUCUCUAGUCCCGUGCGAAACAUUUCCCAACACGUCGAAACAAUUGAAACCCAAGAUUUGGAUGAAGUUGGCGGCACUGUCGAGACACAGACCAAAGAGAUGGUCAUCGAUGCAUAUCGAAAAUCUCAAACAGACCCUUCGACUAUUCAUUUGCCCUCAUCUCGAAAACCAGUGCCCCAGGAUAAUCACCGCCUAGCAUCAGGCCACAUGCUUCUUAAUGGACCCACAGCACUUCAAUCGGUGGAUGACAAUGCUAGCAUUAUGCAUAGUUCUGCUCGAUGGCCAGAAAAAAAGCCAGUAAUAAUCCCGAGGGCGUCUAACCAUGCUAUAUCGUGCGUAGCUGAGGAUGGUGAACAAAUGUACCCCACAGCACUUGCAGGAAGGACAACGCUGAACACCGAUUUUUGCUACCUAUCAGCAGCUUUAAGUUCUAAAGGUGGCUCACACCGUUUGCAGGAUUUAUUGGAGAAACCGCUGCCUCCUAGGCCACUGUUGCAUUCACCGAAGGACAAUGGUAACGCGAACGAUACCAAAAGGCACAAACAGCACGAAUUUCAUGCUGAUCACGAAGCAUCCGAGUAUAAUACACCUUUACCUACUGAUAUAACGGUAGUAUUGGAUUCUUCGCAAGCCAACGAACGGCCGACUGAACAACAACUAUCAACCAAUGCCCUAAUUUCCGACCGAGCUAAAUCUAAUUCAAUUAAAAUGCAUCUAGAGGAUGAACCUUACCGAGCUCUGCCACUGCACCGGCUCGAGCUUAGUCAUUUCAGGAUAAACCCUGACUAUAACGAAGGACUCGAGCAUGCAUAUAACACUGUUAUCCGCAAGAAAAAAGAACGCAAGUGCACCAAGGGAUGCACGCGCCCUGAUUGCUGUGGAGAAAAAUUCUUAACCAUGGCACGUCUUGCUGGUCUACGAACUGACUCUACAGUCUCUUGUCAAGAAAAUGACCAGAAAAUCCUAGAAGACUACUUGGGAGAAGAUAAGCAUUUGCUUGAUGGACUUGGUGAAAAGGACCGCCAGAAGCUCCUUGAUGAGGCAAAAGCAAGGCUGAUCGCCAACUGUUUUGGGAAGCAUAGACAUCAUCAUCCACGUCCGGCUACGCCGCCAGGGUUUUGGCGCACGGAUAUGCCUGACACACAAGAACUAGAAUUUGACCAUGAGGAGGCAAGAAGGCUUGAGAGAGAUAAACUCCUUUCGCUGUAUCAUGAUUCCCUUGUUUCUCGAGUAAUCUCUAGACUUCCAUCGACCAUCUCUCGACCGGCACCCACUCCACAUUCCCGCUAUACAAAAUACUGGACGUCCCACUCCUCGCUUUACCAUAAGGUCGCCAUCGCUCUUCAAAUGGUUCAGUACACAGAAUUACUUUGGGAAAUGAUCGCGCGGCGUCGAGGUGAAAAAGUUCGCUGGCGAGUUGUUAUCCUCAUCGAAUGUAUCAAAGCAAUAUGUCGUUUGUUUCUGCUACGUCUCACAAACUCAAGGCCGCUAGUCAGCCCUCCAUUACCAGAGCGCGAUGUCGACCCAAGAUCUGCGGAAGAGGAAGAAGACGAUUGGAGCGGGAUGCAAACACCAUUAAGCGAGCGGUCUUCGGACCUGAGCUGGGCCAUGCCUCGUACGGGACUAUCGCUUCCUUGCCUUCCGGAUGUGAACGACGUCUCAAAUUUUUUAAUAUCGAAAGUACUUACUGCUGAUGAUAUCAAGCCCCCCAAGGCUCUUUUGCACCGAGUCACUGGUCAAGGACAGCUGGCAGAAGUAUUGUACAUUUUGCGGCCAGUAGCCUAUGCACUAGCGAUGCAAAGAUGGAAUGGCAAUAAACGAAGUUGGAGGCCUUGGCUCAUUGGAUUUGGCAUGGAGUAUGGCUGUCGACAACUUGCCAAAACCGAUUUCCGGGAGAGACUUGCUGGUGGCCUUCGUGGACUGACAGGUCUGGAGCGCGAGGAAUUGAGAAAGAGAGGAUGGGCUAUGGGAUGGUGGUUCAUGAGAGGCGCUCUCUAUGAAAACUUGACCAAGCCCUGGUUGAAAGGGUUAACUAGGAAGAUGAAAGGGAAGCCACUGCUUGACUUGGUAGGCAGUGUUGUCGAAGAUUAUGAAUACCUGUGGGACAAUUACUACUUUUCAACAGCGACUUUAUGA